AUGCUACUGGCUCUGAGGAUCAACAUUCUGGCCAAAGGGUACAGUGGCGUCUCCAUGGAAACGGUCCAGGCUAUGGUCAAAGCCUUCAAUGCUUCCUGCCUGUCGUGGGUGCCAGAGAAGGGGACGGUAGGGGCUAGUGGAGACCUGGCCCCCCUGGCCCACCUCACCCUGGGCCUUAUGGGAGAGGGCAGGAUGUGGUCGCCUCAAUGCGGCUGGGACCAUGCCAAAACAAAUGUAUACAUUAAGGCCUCUAACUCGUUUCCUUCGUCUUUCUUUCUCCUCUCCUUUAUUCUUUCUUUCCUCCUUUUCCAGGUACUGGAAUGUCAUGGACUCACACCUUUGGUACUGAAGCCGAAAGAGGGCAUCGGUCUGAUCAACGGGACUCAGAUGAUGUCAUCUCUGGCGGCGGAGGCAGUGGAGCGAGCUGUGGGCGUGGCCAGGCAGGCUGACAUCAUCGGUGCCCUCAGCCUGGAGGCCCUGAGGGGCACCACCAAAGCCUUCCACAGCGACAUCCAUGCAGUGAGGCCACACCCUGGUCAGAUAGAGGUGGCACUGAGACUGCGCUCUCUACUCCACUCGGACGUCUUCCCCUCCCAGAUCUCUGAUAGUCAUAGGACAUGUGACCGUGUCCAGGAUGCAUACACCCUCCGCUGUAUCCCACAGGUUCAUGGGGUGGUUAACGACACCAUAGCCUUUGUUAAGAGCAUCCUCACCACUGAGCUCAACAGUGCCACUGACAACCCUCUGGUUUUUGCAGAGCGAGGUGAGACUAUCUCUGGGGGUAAUUUCCAUGGAGAAUACCCAGCCAAGGCUCUAGACUACCUGGCCAUCGGGGUCCAUGAGCUGGCCAGUAUGAGUGAGAGGAGGACAGAGAGGCUGGUCAACCCCUCCCUCAGUGAGCUGCCUGCCUUCCUGGUCCAAGACGGAGGCCUCAACUCUGGCUUCAUGAUUGCACACUGCACUGCUGCCGCCCUUGUAUCUGAGAGCAAGGCGUUGUGCCACCCGUCCUCCGUGGACUCCCUGUCCACCAGCGCAGCCACUGAAGACCAUGUAUCUAUGGGUGGCUGGGCCGCUAGGAAGGCCCUGAGGGUGGUGGAACACGUAGAGCAAGUUCUGGCCAUAGAGCUGCUCGCUGCCUGUCAAGCCCUGGAGUUUCUCCGCCCGCUCAAGUCCACUACCCCUCUGGAGAAAGUCCAUGAGCUAGUGCGUACUGUUGUCAGGCCUUGGGAUCAUGACCGUCAAAUGAGUCCUGACAUCGAGGCUGCUCACACGCUCCUCAGAGAGGAAAAGGUGUGGGAGGCGGUUCGGCCAUACAUGGACCAAUACCGAGACAGGCUCGGACUGAAACCACUUCCACUGAAUGACUAG